AUGGUUUCUCCGUCUUCCGUGAAGAGAGUAGCUCCAUCCUUAAACCUCCUUCGCUAUCUCCGCUGCCAAUUCAACUCUUCGCUAUGCCGCCCAAGUGUUUCCAACCCCCGUCGAUGGAACUCCAACCAGGCCUGUUCGAGCCAAGUACGGUCCACGUUGCCGCUGAAUUCGUCUAAUGCGGCAUAUACACGGUCAUCAUUUGCAACAAGAUCCUAUAUCUCCUCAGUUAAACCGUCGCUUAUCACAAGUACACCAAUCCCACGCAGACGUCCUCUUUAUACCAACCGACAUCCCUUCCUAGAUUCAAAUAAUAUCCGAUCUUUCAGUGUUACUGCUAUAAAAUGUCGACACUUCCUACGGCGACUUCUAGGCUUCUCACGACCAACUACUAACCCACAUCUGAAGCCGGAUGAUCUUCCUCAAAAUAUACCAAACUUCGAUGACGGGAAUGAGAGUAAUCCGUUCAAUGUAGGGCGCAACUUGGCGCUGAAGGUAUCGAAUGAACCUCGUCUUAGAUGUACGGAGUUUGAUGGAGCCGGGAAUGUUACUCUUGUGAAUGGAGAGUUCAAGAAGAGUGAGCUGAUCGCUAAGUAUGGUCUUCUCCCUCGAGACUUGAGGAAGAUUGACUCCUCGGUUCUACCGCAUAUUCUCAUUCGUCACAGCGCAAUACUUAUCAGCCUCCUCCAUUUGAGAGUUCUCAUAAAAUCUGAUAGAGUCCUGGUGUUUGAUGCCUAUGGUUCAACAGAUACUUAUACCCAAUCUUUGUUCAUGUAUGACCUUGAAGGAAAGUUACGACAGAAAGAGCCUGCAUCACGAGCAGCGUGGACUUCAGGCGCUUUGCCUUACGAGUUCCGGGCCCUUGAAGCAGUGCUUGUAAGCAUUACCAGUGGGCUUGAGGCAGAAUUUGAAGGUGUAAGAGAGCCAGUUUCCAGAGUUCUCCGAGCACUUGAAGAAGAUAUCGACAGAGACAAGCUUAGACACCUUUUAGUCUAUUCUAAACGCCUCGGAACAUUCGAGCAGAAGGCAAGACUGGUCCGUGAUGCGAUCGAUGAUCUACUUGAAGCAGACGACGAUCUCACGGCAAUGUAUCUCUCGGAGAGGUCGAAAGGGAUACAUCGAGCUGAACACGACCACCAAGAAGUUGAGAUGUUGUUGGAAUCUUAUCAUAAGGUCUGUGACGAGAUUGUUCAGGCCAGUGGAAACCUGGUAACCAACAUCAGAAACACGGAGGAAAUUGUGAAGGCGAUUCUUGACGCCAACCGCAACUCUCUCAUGUUGCUGGAACUUAAAUUUAGCAUUGGUACUCUAGGAAUGGCAGCAGGCACGUUAUUUUCAGCGUUAUACGGGAUGAAUUUGAAAAACUUCAUCGAAGAGUCCGAUAUAGGGUUUGGAGCUGUUUCUGUCACUUGUUUCGCCCUGACCGCAUUCGUCUGCACCUAUGGACUUAUAAAGCUACGAAAAGUUCAACGGGUUCGGAUGUGGGGAGAAAACGGUAUACAGGAAUCCUAUAGGGGAGGUUUAGCUGUACGCAGCUGCCCUCCGCCUGCUCCUCAGAGUAACUGGAGAUCUGAUUCCAUCAGCCCUGUCUUUCCUGGCGAAGAGCGUACGCAAAGACUGCGCCGGCUACGAGGUGCAUCGGCUCCCUCAGCACCUACCGCAUCCCCAGUAGCGGCUGCUCCAAACAAGAUGAAGAGCCCAAGGCCAAAGAAAGAACUGGAUCGCAAGAAGCCUGUAGUUCAAGAACCUAUACAGGAAGAUGUUGUCCAGGAUUCAUCACCCCUUAGCUCAGCUGCCCGCUAG